UCGAAGUUGGCGGAACCGCCAUCUUGAAAAGUACAGUCCGAAGAUCUACCUUUUCGCGCCUGCUAGAAUCACUUUUGAACACAUUGUUUUCCUUUCUGGAAUAUAACAUUAUUUUCAGAUUCGUACCGGUAAGGUCAAAGGCUAAUGGCGGGAUAAACUACAUGCUCAAGAUUUGUCGUUUCCAGCUGCCAGUCGGCCUGUCCAGCAUCUGUCCUUCUGCCUGUCCAGCCGGCUCUCCUGGAAUGGGCCACAACCUCCAAAGACUAGGACAAAUCUCUUUUUAACCUGAGCUCCAUAGUCUGGACUCUGAUAUACUUACAGAUCCACCAUGUUUUGGAAAUUUGACCUCCACACCACAUCCCACAUUGACACACUCCUGGAGAAGGAGGAUGUGACCCUGACAGAGGUCAUGGAUGAGGAUGAUGUCCUGCAGGAGUGCAAGGCUCAGAACCACAAGCUGGUGGAUUUCCUCCUGAGAGCGCAGUGCAUGGAGGACCUGGUCACCUUCAUCACACAGGAGCCUAGUGCUGAUGUAGAGGAAAAGGUUAAAUACAAGUAUCCCAACAUAUCAUGUGAGCUGCUGACAUCAGAUGUGGGCCAAAUCAAUGACAGAUUGGGAGAAGAUGAGAUGUUGCUGAUGAAACUGUAUGGUUUCCUGAAGAACGACCCACCGCUGAACCCCCUCCUAGCCAGUUUUUUCUCCAAAGUACUGUCUAUUCUUAUAGGACGCAAGCCUGAACAGAUAGUGAAUUUUCUAAGGAAGAGGGACGACUUUGUUGAUCUGAUGAUCAAACACAUCGGGACGUCUGCCAUCAUGGACCUGCUGCUCAGAAUGCUCACAUGCAUUGAACCCCAACAACUACGGCAUGAUGUUCUUAAUUGGCUGAAUGAGGAGAAAGUGAUUCAGAGGUUGGUUGACAUGGUCCAGCCUUCUCAAGAUGAAGAUAGACACUCCAACGCCUCCCAGUCUUUAUGUGAAAUCAUCAGAUUGAGCAGAGACCAGAUGUUUCAGGUCCAGGGCUGCUCCGAGCCCGAUCCUCUUCUGGCUACGCUAGAGAAGCAGGAAACAGUGGAGCAGCUGCUCUCAAAUAUUUUUGAGAAGGACAAAAACGAGUCUGCUAUAGUCAGCGUCAUCCAGAUCCUGCUCACAUUGUUUGAGACCAGGAGACCAGCGUUCGAGGGUCACAUGGAAUGCCCUCCUGGGAUGUCCCACCCCUCAUUCUCAGUCAACCACAGCAUCCUGGAGGCUGUGAGACCCCGCCUCAAAGAUUUCCACCAGCUGCUGCUUGAACCCCCAAAGAAGAAUGUGCUGAAGACAACAUGGGGGGUCCUGGACCCACCAGUGGGCAACACCAGGCUCAAUGUGGUCAGACUGGUGGCCAGUCUGCUGCAGUGCAACACUCACAGCAUCAAUGCUGAACUCAUAAACCUCAACACACUGGGAGUCAUACUAGAUAUGUAUUUCAAAUACAUUUGGAACAACUUCCUCCAUAUUCAGGUGGAAAUCUGCACAGCAAUGAUUCUUGCUAUGCCCCCAGCUCCGGCAGAGCCGCAGCCAGACGGGGAUCAGGGUGGCACAGCAGAGAGCGCCCUCAUCAGACAUCUGUUUCAAGCCUGUCAGCUGAUCCAAAGAAUCGUAGAUGCCUGGCGCUCCAAUGAGAAAGAGCAAUCAGAGGGCGGUCGACGACGAGGCUACAUGGGCCAUCUGACCAGAAUAGCCAAUUCCAUUGUUCAUAACAGUGACAAAGGUCCUAAUGGCCCACAGAUACAGGGCCUCAUUUCUGAGCUUCCCACAGAGGACAGAGAGAACUGGGAGGCUUUCAUUUCUGGGCAGCUUGCUGACACAAACAAAAGAAACACUGUUGACCUGGUGAACACUCAUCACAUCCAUUCUUCCAGCGAUGAUGAGGUAGACUUUAAAGAUGGUGGCUUUCACCAGGACUCUUCGCUUCAACAAAGCCAAGACUAUAUCAUUAUCGUUGGUCCUGGGUCUUGCCAGGCCUUUUCUGAUUAUCAGAUGCAACAAAUGACGUCCAAUUUUAUUGAGCAGUUCGGCUUCAAUGACGAAGAGUUUGCUGACCAGGAUGAUGUUGUGGAUAUUCCAUUUGAUAGAAUAUCAGACAUCAACUUUUCCCUGAAUACAAAUGAAAGUGCGAAUAUAGCCUUGUUUGAGGCGCGCUGUAAGGAGAAAAUCCAGCAGUUUGAAGAUGCUGGUUCAGAUGAUGAGGACAUCUGGAAUGAAAAGGAUGUCACCUUUGCUCCAGAGGCACAGAGACGUCCGAGGAGUUCAGGCAGCACCGACAGCGAGGAGAGCACAGACUCAGAGGAAGAAGACUCAAAGAGAGAUCCGUUUGAACCCUGUAACCCCGGUUCUGAUGACCGCAUGGAGGUGGACACAGCGCCAGUGUGGACGGCCAGCUUUGACGACGUUCCCAUGGAGACGGGUUCGGGUGCAGCUGCAGCCUCCAGCCCCAGCACCCCUGAUGCAUCCUCUCCUUUGUCUUCUACCACAGCAGCUCCCGCAGAGGCGGCCUGGAACUCGUCUCCUGCUGCAGCAGCGCCUGGCGCGGAGACGGGCUGGGCAGACUUCUCCAGCUUCUCUCCCGUCUGUCCCAAAGACCCUCUAAGGUGCAACUCUCCGGUUGCUAUGGAAACUAGCAUGGAAACGAUAGACCCUCUGGGGGUCAAUGCGCCAAUGCGUCCUGACGAAUGUGAUGGUUGGUUGGACGCUGACGUGGCUCCGCCCUCGUCCUCCUCAUCUACAGACUGUGGCAGCGCGACGGCGGCGGAAGACUCAUCGUGCUCGGAGCAGCGCAGCAUCACAGAGACGGUCAUCAACGGCUCCAUGAAGGAAACAGUCAGCCUCACUGUCGAUGCCAAGACUGAGACGGCCGUUUUCAAGAGUGAUGAAGAGAAGCUUGGUCCUUCAGAGGCCUUCCUGCUGCUGGAGCGCACCGAAUCAACCGGGAGCAGCUUAACUUCUGCCGGCUCUCCAAACACAGGUGAGAAGUGUCGGCCCCCGGUGGAGCUUCCCAAUGGACCUCUAAAAGAAAUGUCCAACAUGGAGGACGCCAAGUUGGACAGGAACUCUGUCCCCUUGGAGCAAGCUGUGAAUGGGCCGGCGUGAGGACGGACCAGCUGCUGCUCAGAGCUCAACCAAUCACACGUCCCAACAGGACCAGCAAUACUCCCAUUGGCUCAUUAUUGAUGGAAAGGCCGACAGGUGUACAGAAUGACCCCUAAACGACAAAAUGAGAGACGGACUCAGGCGCAUAGAGAAUAAUUUUUUUUUCUGCAUUUGUUUAUAUACCAUUGUUCCUAUGAGGUGAUGUGCGACUGAUAUCUUGACACUCGAAAUGAAAUAGUAAUGUUGCUAUAGUUAAAGACAUGAUUGUAUGAAUAAAAUAUUUUAUGAAAAGAAAAUGUAUCCUGAACCAUGCUGAAUCACAGGGGAAUCAGAAGAGAUGCUGCACCGACUCCUAUUUUCUACACGUUCCUAAUUAUUUUAUUGGUGAGUUAUUAUUAUUUUUUUAAGAUUAGCAGGAGGGUUGUGUUGGGUUGUGUUGCAAAAGAUUUAGUUUUUAUCCAAGGAAGCUGGAUUCAUGGUAAGUUUUUGAAAUGAACAGAAUCAUCGACUCUGUACUGUGUUUAAUACACCUCAGUCCUGAACUCUUCAGGUCUUUGUGCUCGA